AUCAUCAAGUGUUUUGUCUGACACUUGUUCUCACUGGACUCUGAGGAGCUCUUAAACUCAUUGCUUUUAUGCAGUUCCUUUGCUUUCUGCCUCUUCAGUCAUGGCUGCUGCUUUCCUGCUCCUCACACUCGCUCUCGCAUUGUUUGGUGGUUCAGAUGCUGCUUGGUGUGUUUGCCGGUCUGAUGUGAGCACAUCUGCUCUGCAAAAGUCACUGGACUAUGCUUGUGGAGCUGGGGCUGACUGCUCUCCUGUCCUACAAAAUGGAGCAUGCUACAACCCCAACACGGUGCUUGCUCAUUGCUCUUAUGCUGUGAAUAGCUAUUACCAGAGGAAGGGUCAGGCCCAAGGAUCCUGUGACUUCGCUGCCGCUGCAACACUUACCUCCACAGAUCCAGGGGGGAAUGGCUGCACAUAUCCUGCAACUCCCAGUGCUGCAGGAACUUCGAGCACCCCAACAAGUACAAGCAGCACUCCAACAAGCACAAGCACCACAACUCCUACAACCUUCACUCCAAACACAGGCACAACAGGGAGCACUGGAGGUGUGCUGGGAGGACUGGGCCCAUCAGGAACAACCAGCAGCUUGGAUGGGAGCCAUGGAGGGAUGCUCAUGAGGGCAGAACUGUCCUCUUUCCUCUCAGCUCUCCUGCUGUCCUCCUUGAUUCUGCUGAGUAUGUGAGUCCACAUAUCUAAGCUGUCAGGGAUCAGAUCUUUUGAGAAAGUGGUAGUCCAUGUGCAUUUACCUAGAGACACUCCCCCCACUAGUUAUUGCUGCUUAGUGGCUGCAAAGGGGGGUUUGGUUCCUUUUUUUAUUUCUUUUGGGGGGUGCAUGCUUUCUUUAUGUAUUUCUUCAUAGACUCUUGUCCUUGUCUCUCUCUCUGUCCUCUCUCUGUCUCUUGUGCAAUGCAAGGAGACAGUGAGAUUUAUUAAAUACUUUUGAUGAGGUUAUCAUAUCCUUAUUUUAGGUUAAUGUGCUACCACUUUGUUUUAUUUGAA